ACUUAUAAAAUAUGUCAGAGGAGAAAGAUAGCAUUUAGAAUAUAUUUCGAUCAAAUAUUCAUGAAAAUAUGAUAAUUUUUUUCAUUUUUAAAAGAAUUUUAAAAUAAUUUUCAAGUAUUUUGAGUGUUUUCUUGAGUUUAAUAUUUUUAAUGAUGCAGAAGGUCAAUGUCCCUGUUCUCCAGAUUCUAUGUUUAGUUUCUGUGUGACAAUCAUUGUUUUUCACAUAAGAUUUCAAAGCUCUGCCUUGCCUUCUGCCAAAGAGCUGGUGUUGCAUGACGGUCCAUCGCCGUAGUUUGUUAUUGAAAUGGUUUGCUAUGUUUGAUAGCUGGACUUUAAAUUUUAUCCCCGAAAUUUGAUGAAAUCCUUAUAUUGAUUAUUAUUCUUAUUUCUCAAGAAUAAAAAAAUGGUCUCCUUAUUUUUCUAUGGAGAAAGCAGUCAUCGAUCACUGAGAACCUUGGGAAAUUUUUUAACAAAAUCUGUUAAAUGUAACAUUUCUCGAUUUUUGGAAUUUUAAAAACUGAAUGUAAUCGUGUUUAUAUGAUGUCUUCUGAAAAUGAAUGUGCAUAUUAUAAAAGUGGAGUCCAUCAACCACAAGAUAUCCGAGCUGUUGAUAUUCUUCCAUUAUUGCAAGAGAAGAUUGCAAUUGUUUCAGGCGGCAAAGAUCGUAGAGGUUGUCCCAUCCUUACGUUUCCUGCUCGCACAAGACCUGAAAGGCUAAGAUCUGAAGAAUUGAAAAAGCUUUUGCUAUACUUAUCCACAACACCAUGUGAAGAAGCAGCUGAAAUGGGAUUUUCUGUGGUUAUUGAUAUGAGAGGAACAACAUGGAAUACAGUUAAACCAAUUUUAAAAGUUUUACAGGAAGCUUUCCCCAUCAAAAUUCAUACUGCUUAUAUUAUAAAGCCAGAAAAUUUUUGGCAGAAACAACGCACAAGUUUGGGUAGCGCAAAGUAUAAAUUUGAAACUAGUAUGAUAUCUGUUGAAACCUUGUCUAAAUAUAUUGACCCAUCUCAACUAACUAGCGAUUUAGAUGGAACUUUGCCCUAUGAUCAUAAUUUAUGGAUUGAACUGAGAAUGUCAUUAGAAAGUUUUACUUGGAAAGCUACUGAUUUACUUAAUAGAAUGGAAACUGUGAAAGAUGAUUUGACUCGUAAUGACUUUGCAGAUGAUGUUUCAACUUCCAAAUCCAUGAUAGAUGCUCAUUCUUCUCUCAAAAAAAGAAUUAUUCAAGUACCUGUUGAAGACAUUGACUUAGAAGGGCAACAAGUUCUUCAUAAGUUAAGUUUUGCAACAGGUGGUAGUAGUGGAGGCUCGUGUGAUUCAGGCUAUUCUAGCAGAGAUAGUGGUCCUGCAGGAAUGGCUGGAAAUGUUGAUUUUCAAAAUGCAGUUCCUCAAGUUGUCCAAUUAUUAGAAAAUAUUCAUGUUACUAGGCAACAUCUCUUACAGUUGUGGCACAUACGAAAAGUCAAACUUGACCAAUGUCUUCAACUUCGUUUGUAUGAACAGGAUGCUCAAAAAAUGUUUGACUGGAUUUAUCAUAACAGAGAUUUGUUUCUUGUGAGUUAUGUUGAUAUUGGACUUACAUAUCAGGAAGCUAAAGAUCUUCAAGAAGAACAUACUCAUUUUACUAGAUCAUCAAUGAAUGUAUAUGUAAAUAUAAAUCGCAUACUCUCAGUUGCUUCAAGACUUAUUGAAGGUGGUCAUUAUUCAGCUGCUACAAUACAACAAAUAGCAGCUCGACUAGAUCGAGCUUGGAAGGAAUUUGCUGCAGGUUUAGAUGAAAGAACAACUGUUCUUACAUUAUCUGUUUUAUUUCAUCAAAAAGCCGAGCAGUACAUGAAUAGUGUGUCCCUGUGGAGUAAAGCUUGCGAGCAAACAAUAGUUCCAAGAGAAGUCACUCAUUUGGAAGAUGUCAUCCAUCAGCAUCAGACAUUGUAUGAAAACAUGUGCCAAGCAUAUACUGAAGUUCAUAGCACCAGUAAAAAACUUUUGUAUCAACUAGAUCAUCUUGUCCAAGUUUGUCACCAGCCUAGAGUAGACAUGUCUUCACGAAAACAUUCUCAUGGGGAAAGCAAAAAUUUGUCUGAAAUGUUAAAUCAUAUUGGAAAUAAUCAUCACUGUAAUCCAGCUGCCGAUUACUCUGAAGGUGCCAAACAUGUUCUGUCUGUUAUUCAUGAUAUCCUAAAUCAUCAUCGAGCUCUUGAAACCCAGUGGCAUACCAAAAAAGUGAAAUUACAUCAACGAUUAGCUCUUGGCUUAUUUCAAGAGGAUGUGCGCCAGGUCUUAGAUUGGUUGGAAAAUCAUGGUGAAGUAUUUUUAAGAAAAAAUACUGGAGUUGGUAGAAACCUGCAACGUGCAAAAGUUCUUCAGAAAAGUCAUGAACAUUUUGAAACUGUGGCUCAGAAUACUUACACAAAUGCUGAAAAAUUGCUUGCUGCUGCUGAAGAAUUAGCUCAGACUGGUGAAUGCAAUGCUGAAGAAAUUUACAGUGUAGCACAAGAAUUAGAAGGUCAUAUUACCAGCUUCGCUGCUCGGGUUGACCAACGGAGAAAUCUCUUAGAUUUAGCUGUCAUGUUUUUCACUCAUGAAAAUGAACUAACUAGUUGGUUUGAAGAACUCCGACAGGAAUUGCAAAGUGAUGAAGUUGCUGAAAAUGUUGAAGGAGCUGAGCAGUUACUUGAGCAGUUCAAUCAACAAAGAGAUUCAACUAUUGAUGCUGCAAUGAAUACAGUUUCAGAGGGUGAAGCUCUUUUAGAAGAGUUACAAAAUUCUGGUUUAGAACCUGAUUCAGAUUCUAGUACAUCAUAUGCAGCAAUUGAAGGAUUGUUGGAAUCACUUAGUAGAAGCAGAGAAGACCUUGAAGAAUUGUGGGCAAAUAGAAAGUUGAAACUUGAUCUUUGUCUGCAGUUACGGCUGUUUGAAAGAGAUGCAUUAGAGAUUUCCUCACAAUUAGAACUGUGGUCUGAAGAGUUACAGAAUGCUGAGAUUGCUCGGGAUAUGAGUGAAGCUGAACAUUCUUUACAUAUUCACAACGAAAAUGUCAGUAACAUGCAGCAAACUGCUUUAGAUGUAAUCCAAAGAGGUCAGGAACUCUACCAACUCUUUGAAUCAUCCGGAAUUCAAUUAAUGGCUGAUGAUCAGUAUGAUGGGCAAGCAAGGGUGCAAGUUUUGCUGGACUUUCUUCAGGAACGUCAUUUAGAUUUAGAAGAUGUUGCUGAAAUGAAACGUGUGAAGCUAGAACAGAGUAUUCAACUGUGCCAACUAGAAAACGAUGCUAGUCAGGUUAUGAGUUGGAUUGGAAAUGGAGAAGCUAUGCUUGUUGCAUCAUUUAUGAUCCCUACUUCUUUGCAAGAUGCUGAACAGCUUAAAACAGAGCACCAACAGUUUCAAAUAGCAAUUGAAAAAACUCAUUCAAGUGCAGUUAUGGUACAACAAAGAGCUGAAGCUCUUAUUCAAGCUAAUCAUUUUGAUCCUGCAAGUGUCCGAGCGAUCUGUGAUGAAGUAAAUGCCAAUUGGCAUCAGCUAAUGACCCAUGCUGAAGAUAGACACAAACUUUGCAUGGCUUCAAUGAAUUUCUACAAAACUGCUACUCAAGUAUGUUCAGUACUUGAUAGCUUAGAAAGAGAAUAUCGUCGAGAUGAAGAUUGGUGUGGCAGCAGUAAUGAAACCAAUGAUAAGAAAGAUAAUCAAGACAAAGUGGCUCUGGUUUCACAGCUUUUGACUAAACAUCAAGAGCAAAAGGAAGCUUUUCUAAAAGCCUGCACCCUUGCUCGUCGUACUGCAGAAACAUUUCUGAAGUACUGUUCACGCUGUUCACAAUAUUACAGCUCUCAGAUCGAGAUUAACAAUAAAACCUCUGAAACCAAAGUGAAAAGUAUCCUUGAGCAACUGUUGAACCAAGAAAAUAAAGUAUUAGAGUGCUGGACUGCUCGAAAAAAGAGAUUAGAUCAAUGCCAGCAAUUUGUACUCUUUGAAAACAGUGCUAAGCAGGCUCUUGAAUGGAUUCGGGAAACAGGAGAAGAUUAUUUAGAUAAUCGAAGAACAUUAGGUGAUAAUGUUGAAGAAACUAAGGCCCUGUUGAAGGAGUAUAAUGAAUUCAAAGGAAAUGCUAAAGAAACCAGAGAAAAGGUCCGUUUGCUUUUACAACUUGCAGAUAGCUUAGUGGAGCGAGGUCAUGCUCAUGCAUCUGCUAUAAAGCAAUGGGUUGCCUCAGUCGAUCAAAGUUAUAAAGAUUUCAGUGAGCGCAUGGAUCAUUAUCGGCAGAAACUUGAAGAAAAACUUGGUUUGCAAUCUGAUCGGGAUACAAAAGAUCUAUCAUUGGAUCGCCACAGUGAUCCUUCUUUAGAGGAUAAAGUUAAAGAAGCUGCAGCAAAAGAACUAAAUGAAGAAAAACGAAAAUCUGCUCGUCGUAAAGAAUUUAUUAUGGCAGAAUUAUUGCAAACAGAAAGAACUUAUGUUAAAGAUCUGGAAACUUGCAUAAAAACAUAUAUGACAGAAAUGGAGAAAUCUGAUGAUGCUAUUCCUCCUGGAUUGCAGAAGAAAAGUUCAACAUUGUUUGGCAAUAUGGUCGAAAUAUUUCAGUUUCAUGAUCAAAUAUUUUUAAAAGAAUUAGAAAAAUAUGAAACUAUGCCUGAAGAUGUUGGACAUUGCUUUGUGACAUGGGCCCAAAAAUUUGAAGUAUAUGUAAAAUAUUGUAAAAAUAAGCCAGAGUCUAAUUUACUUUUGGUUCAUCAUGCUGGAAAUUACUUUGAAGAUGUACAGAGAAAGCAUAAUAUUCCACAUCCAAUAGCUGCUUAUUUGAUUAAACCAGUGCAAAGAAUUACGAAAUAUCAGCUACUGUUGAAAGAUUUAUUAUCCUGUUGUGAAGAAGAUCAAGGAGAAAUUAAAGAUGGCCUGGAUGUUAUGCUAAAUGUACCCAAAAAGGCUAAUGAUGCCAUGCAUCUUAGCAUGUUGGAAGGAUGUGAUGUAUCCCUUGAUCAGUUGGGUGAAGUUAUUCUUCAAGACUCUUUUCAUGUCUUUGAGCCUAAGUCAUUAAUUAGGAAAGGACGAGAAAGGCACAUUUUUCUGUUUGAACUGUAUUUGUUAUUUAGUAAAGAAGUUAAAGAUUCUAAUGGAAAAGCAAAAUAUAUUUAUAAGACAAAACUUCUAACGUCUGAAAUAGGUAUUACUGAGCAUGUUGAAGGUGAUGAAUGUAAAUUUGCUGUUUGGACGGGUAGAGCACCUCUUGCAGAAAACAAAAUAAUCUUAAAAGCUACUUCUUUAGAAAACAAGCAAUCCUGGGUCAAGAAGUUGCGAGAAGUUAUUCAAGAAACGUACUUUAGUAGUGCUCUUUCCACUCUUAAUUUAUCUAAAUGCCACACUAAGAUCUCUAAAUCAGUCAGUAAUCGAUCCAGCAGAGACAUGGAGGAUUCAUCAAUGGAUGAAGGUAGUAUUGAAAAUCAAGAACGGGGAUCCUUGGCUUCCUUUGGAUCUGGUAAUACUACUGAUAGUGAAAAGGGUGGUGAAAUAAUGAAUGUAAUUGAAGAUCACAGAGCUCUACCUGGUUCCUUAGAGUUAACUGUUCAUGCUGGUCAGCAGGUUGAAGUAUUAGAGUCAAGCAAUGAUUGGUAUCUAGUCCGACAUGUACAAAAAGAUGAAUCUAAUAUAGCAAAUCAGGAAGGCCUGAUUCCUUCCUCGUGUACAAAACCUCCUUUGAAACAGUCAUUGCCUAAAACAAAUAUUGAGAAUGAAGAACCACAUGUAAAUACUACAGAUAUAAGCCCAAGUGGUUCUAAUGCAUUCCCUUUGACAAAUAUUUCAACUCUGCCUGCAUCAAAACGAAGAGGAGCUUUUAGAAAAUGGUUAUCAAAUCCAGUUCGUAAACUAAGUCAUAGUCGUGUUGAAAGGUCGGGUAGUGAAAGUUCUAAGUCAGUUUCUAGUAAAAAAUCAUCACAACAGCCCCAACCAAAGACCGUAUUGAAAAGUGAAGGUCACAAGAAAGUUUUACUUAAUUCUACCAGAAAUGGCAUUUUGCAGAAUGAAUCUAACAAGAAAGUCAUGUCAGUCGAAGAAGAUGAAGUGUUAGAUGUUGAACUACCACCCCCUAUGAAAAUUCAAGAACAUAGUUUUACACCUGUUCAUCAGAAUCUAGCUGGUGGCAAUUCUGAAAAGCCUAUAACCUUACCGUCUGCUGAUGGAAGUAGCUCUACUGAUUUGGCUUCUGAAAUAGAACAAAUAGUAAAGGAGCGUAUGGAACAUCAUACUGAACUUGUAGCAGAUGAGUUAAAUAAAAAGCAUGCUGUUAGUGCUAAAGAAAAAGAGAAGGUUUUACAAAAUCGCAAAUGUGUGAUACAAGAAUUUAUUGAAACUGAAAAAAAUUAUGUGAAUGACUUAGAAUCAAUAGUUGAGGGUUAUAUCAAAAAUAUGAAAGGUGAAGUUCCUGUUCCUCAAGAAUUGGCUGGAGAUAAAGGAAAAGUUGUUUUUGGAAAUAUUGAAUCAAUUUUUGAAUGGCACAGAGACACAUUUUUUCCUGAACUGCAAAGUACACUGGAAAAUCCUCGGAGCAUUGGUCUUUUGUUCAGGCGAUCAGAACGAAAAUUACACAUGUACAUUGUAUAUUGCCAAAAUAAACCCAAGUCUGAAGAACUUGUAGCGCAGUUUUUUAAUUCAUAUUUUGAGGAAGUGAGAAGGAAAUAUAAUCUUGAACGACAACUUCACGAAUUGUUAACUAGGCCUGUUCAGAGAAUACUGGAAUAUAAACUUCUGUUGAAGGAUAUUUUGAAGUAUACUCAGCAGGCAGACAUAGAAGAAGAAGUUCAACAACUUGAAAAGGCCGUCCAUAUUAUGCAUCUCAUUUACAAAACUUCCAAUGAUAUUUUGAAUCUGAAUCGAAUGCAGGGAUUUCAAGCUAAUUUAGCUAAUCAUGGACAGAUUCUCCUUCAAGGCCAGUUAAAAGUUGGAGAGCAUGCAACCACACUCAAGGAUCAACAAGUGUUCCUCUUUGAACAAAUGAUAGUUUUUAGUGAUAUUAUUGCACCUAAAAGUCAGCAUUCUAGUCCUGUGUAUAUGUUUAAAAAUUCUCUACCGGUGGAUAAAUUAGAACUUGAUGAUGCAAAAAAUUCUAAUAAAUUUGCUCUGAAAUCAAAAGAUUCAACCAAAGAAAUCUUAAUUCUGCAAGGCCAUAGUAUAGAAAUAGCACAAGAAUGGAGAGACAGAAUAAAUUAUGCCAUUAAUUCACAAAUUGAAUAUAUGAAGGGAGUGCAGUCACCUUCACCAUAUUCAUCAGAAGGAAAUUCUGGCAGCUCCCAAGGUAACUGCUGACCCAGGCCCUCUAAUCCCCUUGACUCCUAAGUCUCUGUGUAUGUAAUACUUGCUUAAUGCUACAGCUUAUUCCUUUCAGUGUUAUCACCAAAGUACUUAAAUACGGUGCCUGCAAAGAACUCAACCAGAUUGUGAUCUUACUUUCAGGAUCAGGGCCUAACUAUGCAAUUAAAAACUGUGAACAUUCUACUCUAUGUGCUACUAUUGUGAUUGCACCCAAACAUGUGUGGAUCUCAUCUUCAUCAUCACUUUUUAUUACAACAUUGUGAUUAAUUGUGCAGCUUUUGACUCACAUUUCAUAUUAACAGAUUCUUUUUUAAAUGUGUUCUACUGUUUGUUCCAUUUUUACAUUGCAAAACAUCAACUGGAAAUGCUAUGUAAAUAUGUAUAUAUAUAUGAAUCUUUUUUUUUUAUUUAAUUUGACAUUUUGCCUGUUACUGCUUCAUAAAGUGCAAUAUUACCUAAAAGGUAUGUAGUCACUUUCCUAGGAAAAGUAUCCCCCCUGUAUAACUCAUACGUCAUGAAUUUUCAAACAAAAAUUGCCUUUGGAUAUUUGUAUACUUGUUACAUAUUAGUCUUGAUUUUUUUAUAGUUAAUAAAAAUAUGAGAUAAGA